AUGGGACUGGAGAAAUUUGCGAUUAAAAGAAAAAUUUUGGGUGAAGAUGGGUUCUUGAUGGUUCUUGCAUUGGUGGAUUCCAAAGGUAGGUUAUUAGAUGUUUCAGCUAAAUGGCCUAGUACAUUGAAACCCAAAACUGAUUUACGUCAGAGUAAGCUCUUUCUUGAGGUUGAGAAAUUCAGAAAGUUGUUGCAAGGACCAUCUUAUAAGCUUAGUAAUGGUAGUUUAACUCCUCAGUAUGUCUUGGGGGAUUUGUGUUAUCCCCUUUUGCCAUGGCUUUUAACACCUUAUAAUAGGAUGAAUGACAAAGAUAGUUUUGGUUCUGCUAAAAGAGCAUUCAACUGUGCACAUGCACGUGAAAUGAGGUUAGUUGGUGAUGCCUUUGGGAGGCUAAGGGUUAGGUGGCAGCUCCUUUCAGAUUCAAGGAAGUGGAAAGGGGAGUGUGUUGAGUAUUUGCCUUAUGUGAUUGUAACUUGUUGUUUGCUGCAUAAUUUCUUGAUUAAGUCUAACGAGCCAAUGCCAGUUAAAGAAGUGAGAAUUGUUGAAAAGGAAAGAGCAGAUGAUGUUGCUUCUGAUGGAGUGGUGGAUCAGAAUGCAAUAAGGAUAAGAGAUGCACUUGCCAUGCAUUUGAGUAGGAGUCAUACACCCUUACACUACAUUUACAAGGCAAAGCACAACAACCUAGAUGUUGUCCAGGACUUCGCUGGUAUGGGUUUUAAGAUGGAUCAGGGACUUGCUAGUCGAGGUGGUGAUGGGAUCGGAUCUCUGGAGCGGCGAGGGGUGGUACUUGCAAAGACACUCCAACGCUCAAGUCAGAAUGGACCUGAGAAGUGUAGGUGA